AUGGCAAGCCGGCAAAUCACACGGCGCAUUAUCAGCAGCGCUGCGAUCGCAUUAUGUCUGAUCUUCUUCAUCUUCAUUCGACCGCAAGGGCCGCCUAGCCCCGCCAUCCGCGCCCCCGGCCACAUCGACCAUUCCGCACCCGUGACCGCGCCGGGGAUCACCAUCCAAGAUAGCACACUGAAGGGCGCGGUGGUGAUGCCCAAGCUGGGCAAUGAGACUGUCAAGGCUGAACUAGGUCGUGCGACAUGGAAGUACUUCCACACGGUAAUGGCGCGAUAUCCCGAAACGCCUACGGAAGACCAGCAGGAGGCACUGCGCUCUUACAUCUAUCUAUUUGCCCGGUUAUAUCCAUGCGGCGAAUGCGCAUCACAUUUCCAGCAACAUCUCAGCAAAUAUCCACCCCAGGUGUCCUCGCGUAAUGCCGCUGCGGGCUGGGCCUGCUUCAUCCAUAAUGAAGUCAAUGCGAUGCUUGAUAAGCCCGAGUUUGACUGUGCCAAUCUGGGUGACUUCUAUGAUUGUGGCUGUAAUGGAGAUGAAGAGGGUGGGGAGGGUAAGUCGGUAUCUGCUUCUUCGCGGUCUGAAGCCGGGAAGGAUAGCACGAGGCAUGAUGGGCCGGCGGUGGAGAUUUCCAAGGAAGAGACUACCCGCGGUUGA